AUGGCAAAGCGAACUGUCUCCGCUGGCAAAGAGAUUCAGGAGUCUGAAGGCACUAAUUUGAUGGUCGACUACUUGCCAGGCGACAUGCAAAAGAAUGAGCUCUACCAACUGUUCAAGAGCUUUGGCCAACUGUACGAUUUGAAGAUCAUACGCGACCCGGAGACAGGAGCCAGUCACUGCUGCGGCUUCAUCAGCUACGUCAACUCCAUGAGUGCCAACAGGGCUUUGAAAGCGAUGAACGGCUGCCGAUUGCGCGGCAUGAAGCUUAAGGUCUCUUGGUCUCCGAUAAUAAAUGCCGAUAGACACAAGAUAUAUGUGGCAAAUUUGCCAUUGACCUACAAUGCAGCGAAGGUGCGCCAGAUAUUCGAGCGCUUUGGCAAGGUAGUAUAUGUGAACCUACUCAAGAAUCGGCACACGCACAGGUCGCGGGGCGUUGCCUUUGUGCGCUACGAGAUGAAGGACUCGAUAGACAGGGCUAUAUUGGCCGGGAAUAACCUUGUUCUGGAGCAUGGCCAUCCACCGCUAUACGUCAGAUUGGCCUACCCCUCCAAGGUGUGGCCAGUGAGCCCGGAACCCGACGAGCCAGUGCCAGUGCCAUCGAACUCAGCCGUGGAAACCCCAUCGGUGGCACAGCCAUCAACUGAUACUCACGUGGACUCGCCGAAGGAGGAGAUAAAACAAUCCGUGAAUCCGAAAUGUUUCGUUUUUGGCCAAGUGGACAAUGCUACGGCUGAUGCAACGGCAGCUUCCUCACUAAAGCCCAAGACAUCGCUCAACUACAAAUACUUAAUGCACUUCAGAUCUGCCCCGGUUGCCCCUGCCUUGGCCGCAUCGAAUGAAUCAGUUGACUUGGCUGCCAUCAGAGACAACGUUCCAGAAAAGGCCGCUAACGGUGUCAGUUCGGUAUUGACCACCGGAUCUAAUGCUGCAAAGAUCAGAAUUAGGAGACAGCUUCGAUUUAAAAUACCCUACAAGAGGUUUGUCGCCAUACCCAAACCAGAUGACAUCUAG